AUUGGCUGCGCCCAAUAAGGAGCAGAGGAAGAGGGCGCCGCCUCUGAAUGCGGGGCUGGCGCGCAAUGGCGGACCGCCUCACGCAGCUGCAGGAUGCCGUGAACUCGCUUGCUGAUCAGUUUUGUAACGCGAUUGGAGUAUUGCAGCAGUGUGCCCCGCCCGCUUCCUUCACCAAUAUUCAAACGGCAAUAAACAAGGAUCAGCCUACUAAUCCUACAGAAGAAUAUGCCCAGCUAUUUGCUGCAUUGAUUGCAAGAACUGCCAAGGAUAUUGACGUAUUAAUAGAUUCCUUGCCCAGUGAAGAAUCAACAGCCACAUUACAGGCUGCCAGUUUGCAUCGCUUGGAGGAAGAGAAUCACGAGGCAGCUGCACGUCUUGAAGAGGUGGUUUAUCGUGGGGAUAUGCUCUUGGAGAAGAUACAGAAUGCUUUAGCUGACAUUGCUCAAUCACAGCUGAAGACAAGAAGUGGAAGUCAUAGUCAACCUGCUCCAGAUUAACCACCAGAGGUGUUGGGACUUGACCAUAGAAUUUGAACUUCUUGAGAA